GAACUUUUGAAAUGGUCUAAAAAGUCCCUGCCUUCAAAAUUUUUUCAUUGCUACUGCUUUGAUGGGACAAAAGAAUUGGAAUUCAAUUUGAGUUCUCCAAUCUGCAUUAGAGAGGGUUCUAGCAACGAUCGACCAAACCAAGAGGCAAGAGGUGAAAUGUCCAUAACACCCUCUUGAAUUAGACCGGAGGCUGUGAAGUUUGAAGGUUAGUGGCACAAGAAGUUAGGUGCAGCGGUUGGGUUGGGCAGGGAAAUGAAAUUAUAAAAACACAAACGGCUUUAAAGCCCCCGGAAAGUGGACACCUUCAAAAUCUCACCCCCACUCCCACGCCCACCUCCCACCCUCACCAAACGACACAGGUGAGACGAAGAGAGGAGCAGAAACUUGAGGUUAUCUUCUUCCUAUCCAACCUCAAAAUCCUUGACAAUGGAUCCCAAUCCCAAAACCCUCGAAAACCCAGAAGGUAAAACCCCAGAAGACCAAGAGCAACUCGCUGUUGUACCCUCUAAUCCGUCCAUCGCCCCUCCUCUUGCCACUGCUUCUGUCUCUCUUUCUCUCUCUGCAAUCCUCCCCAACAACCUCCUCCUCUCUCCCAAAAUCUCCUCCAUUUUCGCUCCUCAACCCACCAAGGUCAAGAUCCCCUCUCAGGUCUCCACUCUCUCUCAGCUCUCACUUUUCGCCGCUCUCUCUCCUCCCAAGCCCUUCUUCAAGUCCACCCCCAUAUCCGCCAACCCUCUUCAGAACCCCCUCUCUUUGGGUCCCCGGCGCACCUCCGACCCCUCCAACGGCGCCGGAAUUCGCCGAGCUUCCAUUGUUUGGUUCCGCAAUGACCUCCGCGUUCACGACAACGAAUGCCUUAAUUCGGCCAACAACGAAUCCGUGUCGGUCCUCCCCGUGUACUGCUUCGAUCCGAGGGAUUACGGAAAAUCCUCAUCUGGGUUCGACAAGACCGGGCCUUACCGUGCCGCAUUCUUGAUAGAGUCCGUCUCCAACCUCCGGCGAAACCUCCGGGAAAAGGGCUCCAACCUCGUGGUCAGAAUCGGGAAACCCGAGACCGUGUUGGUUGAAUUGGCGAAGACGGUGGGCGCGGAUGCUGUGUACGCUCAUAGAGAAGUUUCUCAUGAUGAGGUUAAGGCGGAGGAGAAGAUUGAGGCGGCAAUGAAGGAGGAAGGUGUGGAGGUGAAGUACUUCUGGGGUAGUACUCUGUAUCAUGUUGAUGAUUUGCCGUUUAAGUUGGAAGACAUGCCUUCAAAUUAUGGUGGGUUUAGGGAGAAAGUGCAGGGCUUGGAAGUCAGGAAGACCAUGGCAGCUUUAGACCAGUUGAAGAGGUUGCCGUCGAGAGGGGAUGUGGAGCCUGGUGAGAUUCCCUCUUUGUUGGAUCUGGGUCUCAACCAAAGUGCAACAAUGCCUCAGGAUGGAAAACAAGCUGCUAAUGCUUCUAUGGUGGGAGGAGAGACUGAAGCAUUACAAAGGCUGAAAAAAUUUGCUGCUGAAUGCCAAGCACAACCCCACAAAGGGACCAAUAGCAGUGAGAACAGCAUUUAUGGUGCAAACUUUUCAUGCAAAAUCUCUCCUUGGCUAGCAAUGGGAUGCCUCUCUCCCCGUUCCAUGUUUGAUGAGCUGAAAAAAACUGCUUGCAGAACAAUUUCUGCUCGGAAAGAUAAUGGUGGCCCAUCUGAUCCUGGAAUGAACUGGUUGAUGUAUGAGCUGUUGUGGAGGGAUUUCUUCAGAUUUAUCACCAAGAAAUACAGUUCAGCUAAGAGGCAGCUUGAUGUUGCCCCAGCCACAGCCUGCACAGGUGCUCUCGCUUAAGCAGGAGCUUACUGGAGAAACAAAGGAAAAUUGGUUUUGAGGAGUGGGUUGGUUUUGCUUCUUUUUCAAUUUCCAAGCUGUAGCUGUUAAAUGGUAGAAUAGGGCUGCUUGAGGUGGGUUGUUCCAUGCUCAACUCAUGCUUCACUGCCAAAUGAAUGGUUAUGUUGAAAUGGGUUUUGGCCUCGUAACAUUUGUAUCUUUAUAUACAUUCUUGUGAAUAACAGAACCCAUUUGGUUCUUA